AUGUUCAAAAUUCCCGAUUUCAACUCCACAGACAUUUUCGCCGGCGGUCCUGACCCUUCCCCAAUCAUCGAGAAAUAUGGUGGUUGGCACAUGAACCCAAGCAACGUCAUGUUCACGAACGGCCAGUUCGAUCCCUGGAGGAGCUUCACGGUACGGAGCGAGGAUACUCAACUUGGAGCUCCUCGGCGACAACUAGUUCAAGAUAUUCCUGCUUGCAAUGUUGCGCCUGGGAAGGAUACGGUUUUUGGAGUGACUUAUCCAGGACAGGUUCAUGAGCAGGAUAUCAAGGGAGAUGUAAGUGAUGAAUCGUCGCCUUUAAGAGUUGGGUUGGAUUUGUAUAGCGCUGCUUUGGAUAAGUGGCUGCCUUUUUUUGAGGUCAAGUAG